GUCAUAGACUCAAAAAGGCUCUUUUUUUUUCUCUCUCUCUGUAUCUCUCUGUUCUUUCUCUCCCGUGGGUAAACUAAGGAGAGAGACAGGAAGAGAAGAGAAUGCAUGUUUGGUUUUCUGAUCUCUCUCCUACACUUAUCCAAGGUUUACUUAUAUCGGUGUUUUGAGCCCUCGAAUUCUGCAUGCAGCUCAUCUUGAUUCUCCCAGACUGUUCUCCUCGCAGUGAUGCCUUUGAUUAUUAGAAAUUCUGGAUCUUUAGGUGUUUAGAAUCGACCAGGGUUUCUAAUUUGCAUAUCAGACAGACAUUGUUUUGUUUCUCUUUCAAAGGUUUUAUAAUGGGUUCUCUUAGAGGAAACGUUGAAGAGCCUAUCUCUCAGUCAUUACCUAGACAGAAUUCUCUAUAUAGCUUAAAGCUCCAUGAGGUUCAAAACCACUUAGGAAGUUCCGCAAAACCACUGGGAAGCAUGAACCUUGAUGAACUUCUCAAGAGUGUCUGGUCUGCUGAAGCUAAUCAGCCACCAGAAGCAACAGAGGAAGGGAUUUCUCGUCAAGGAAGCUUGACGCUGCCUCGAGAUCUCAGCAAAAAGACAGUUGAUGAGGUUUGGAGAGACAUUCAACAGGACAAUAACGGAAGCAGUCAUGGUGAGAGGAGGGAUAGUAAUAACAAGCAGCCUACACUCGGUGAAAUCACUCUUGAGGACUUGUUGUUGAAAGCUGGUGUAGUGACUGAGACAUUAGUCCCCCAAAAUGUUGUUAGCAUAGCUUCAAAUGGGCAAUGGGUUCAGUAUCAUCAGCCUCAGCAUCAGCAUCACCAUCAAGGGUUCAUGCCAUAUCCGGUUUGUGAGAUGCAAGAAAUGGUGUCUCCAACCUCUUUGAUGAUGGGUGGAUUAUCUGAUACACAACAAGCGCAUGGGAGGAAAAGAGUGGCUUCAUCAGGAGGAGAGUUUGUGGAGAAGACUGUAGAGAGGAGGCAGAAGAGGAUGAUCAAGAACAGAGAAUCUGCAGCACGUUCACGUGCUAGGAAACAGGCUUAUACUCAUGAAUUAGAGAUCAAGGUUUCAAGCUUAGAAGAAGAAAACGAAAAACUUCGGAGGUUAAAGGAGGUGGAGAAGAUCCUGCCAAAUGAACCACCACCGGAUCCCAAGUGGAAGCUCCGGCGAACAAGCUCUGCAUGUUUCUGAUCUUAAAAGACUCUUUUUCUUUCUUUCUUUCUUUCUUGUUCUUUCUUCUUCUUCUUUGUGUUGGUUCAUAUUAGAGAGAGAGAGAGACAGCUUUGUUCUUUGUAUAUUCUCUAGACUUUAUCGACUCGGAACAGUGUCUUAAGUUGUUACAUUUCCUUUUGCAUCAAAACACUAAA